UAGUUUAUAUAUUUUUAUAUUUUAUUGUAGUGUAUCGAUCCAUAGUUUUACACUCAUACUUUUUAUAUAACUGAACAGUUAACACCACAAACUGACGGUCGGAAUAAGCAAAAUAUAUGAUGGUAUUUUCUAAAUCAAUUUGCAUUUCAGUUACAAUAGCAGCGAUUUUCAUUAUAUCGUUAUCGGUUGUUAAUGGCGGUAAACGUAAAGAAGAUCAAGGUACCGAUCAUGCCAUCCAGUCAGCCCAAAAACAACCACGAUUAGUUGAUAGUUGUAUUAGCGAUAACGAUACAACUGUACCACCAUCGCAUCAAGAUACCGAUCAUGCCUCCCAGUCAGUUAAAAAAGAAGACGAUGAGCCAACUACAAGGCGACCAUUAGCUGUAAACAACUUCGAUGAUUGCUUAUCCGGCUACAUUGGAAACCAGAGUAAGAUAGUAUUAUUAUUGGACUACGACGGAACAUUAACUCCAAUCGUUGCACGUCCUGAAUUGGCUAUAAUACCCGAUGAGACUAAAAAUGUUUUACAAACAUUGGCCGGAAUGCCAAAUGUGCACAUCGCAAUAAUUUCGGGACGAGGAUUAGGUGAUCUUAAAGAUAUGAUCGGUGUCGAAGGUUUGACUUAUGCUGGUAACACUGGCCUUGACAUUAGUUUUCCCGAUGGUGGCGAAUUUAAAUAUCCAAUAUCCGAAAAGGAUCAAGAAAAAUUAAAAAAAUUGAUAGAAACUCUCCAAGCCCAGCUUUGCAAACAUAGUGAUUGGGUAGAAGACAAAGGACCUACGCUGACCUACCAUUACCGUGCUGCACCUGAAGUUUUACAUGCUGAACUGAUGGAAAGAGCUCGGUAUCUCAUUUUAGAUGCUGAGUUUAAAGCGGGUAAGGCACAUUGCGCUCUUGAAGCAAUUCCUUGUGUAGAUUGGGACAAAGGGCAAGCAGCUUUGUACAUUUUAAACAAAUUCUUCCCAGAAAAUUGGAGGGAAAUUGCUAUAAUUUAUGUUGGAGAUGAUGUGAAUGACGAAUAUGCUAUGGAGGUUUUGAAAGAUAUGGCUGUUACAUUCCGCGUAGAUGCGUCUAAUAAAGUUGAUUCCGUAGCUAAACACUACUUAUCGAACCCUGAUUCUGUGCUAGCUAUGCUGCAAUGGGUGGAAAGACAUUUUGGCAAGCGAAUGCUGCAAGAAGACAGUGAUAGAAACUUAAGUAAUAAUUAAUAAUUAUCAUUGGGCAAAACGAAAAUGGACUUUGGAAUACCUAAAAAUCAGUUUCGACAAAAUCUAUACUUAAAUAUUACACUAAUAAAUUAUAAUAUUACGCUAUCAUUCUAUAGUUAUCUUAAAUACCUAUAAAUGCAUAAUAUAAUGACACUAAAAGUUUUAUAAACGUACCUACAUUACCAGUUUGUAGAAAAUGUGUAGAUUGUAGACUUGUCUAGAAAUGGUCGUCUAAAAUUAUUUUAGGCGCACCUGAAACUAUUUUAGGUCCAUUUGCGUUUCACCUAAUAGUUUCUACAAAAUGUAUUAUUGUAAAUACUAUCUGUCCAUAAGAGUACCUAAAUAUUUGGAAAUGUUUAAAAUAUUUUUUAAAAAAUAA